UCUAUCUUGUCGAUAGCUAUUUGUCCUGAUUCUGCACUUACAUUACGGUUUUUCAGGGGUUUUCAGUGUUUACAAUGAGCAUUACCGAAAUACAAUUUUGUUGGGAUGAUUGCAAAUGAUAAGUGUAGUGUGGCUGUGUUCUAUGUGCAAUCUUAUAACAGUAAUCCUCUAGUGUGAUAAUUGUUCAGUAAGAUGUUAAGCAGAUUUUCCGAUGUCCUGCAAUCAGCAGCAGACGUCUUGGCGCCUCCAGCCACCCGCUUGGAGGACUUUGAAUAUCACUGGAAGAUGAUAAUAAACUUCUACCAGAACUAUGACGACAAUAGCAAAGGACACAUAGAAGAUACCAGAAUUCCACAUCACUUACACCAAAUGUUACAGUUAAUAGUAGAUGAAGAAAAAGAGCAGCAAGGUGGUACCGUCGGCCCUUGUUUAGAGGCGAUAGUUCAGCGCUCCAUCUCACUACUGGACGCCCUGGCGGCGUUGGCGGCGUCGGACCGACCACCGGGCGCUCGGGCACUGGCGUUGGGAGCUGCGUCAGCGUUGCUGCGCCGAACGCGACAGCCCUGCGUUAACAGCGUUCAUGUCUACAGGCCUUUACAACGUAUGCUCAUACAAUGCAACGAAAGCCCCGCUUCCCCAACCGAAAAGGAAGAGGUCGAAUUACUCCUAACGCUCUGCGGCCUAGUACGUAAAGAGCCCGGCUUAGCUAACAUCUUCACAACCCCAUUCGUCGAAGACAAAUCCAGCUUACUCAGUACACCAGAGGACAUACAGAAGUUGAUACCAAUUAAAAGUAAAGUUCAAACGCCAAAGAAGAAUCCUUUAUUCGAAGUGGAAUUACCGCCGAAUCCUUUAAGAAACGUCUCUAUAAUAAGAACGACGGGGGACUGUAAUAGCAGUUGUUCGGCGGACGACAACGCGUCGUGCAAGAGCCAUAAGACCGUGUAUGACGACAAUGACAAGUUUCUACUGAUCGAUCUGUUGCUGUCGUAUUUGAAUAGUGCUGACAACCAAGUAGUCCUAAGAGCGUGUGAAGGCAUCAUGAUAGUGUCGUCCCUCCCUGACGAUGAUAUCGCCAACCUAGUGACGACCUGUAGUCCCGCUUGUGAACUAAUUAUCGAUAAAUUGGCCGACAAAUAUAAGGCCAUACCGGCCAAUGUUGACCCUAACGACAUCGACCACUUGAACAUCACGUGGGCGUAUGUAGCACAGGACUUCGGUGACAAGGAUUACAACAAAUUCCACGGCUACAGAGAACUUACGAGCUUCUUCUCCUGGCUCGACUACUGUGAUACUCUAAUGAAGGAAUGCCACCCCACGAUAUCAGCGCACCUCUCCCGAACGUUCCGACAGAACUUUCUAGAAGGGGCCGCGGAAGCGGGGCUCUCUGACGCACUUCGAGCUCUACGGGUCACCGCCGUGCUCAGCAAGUGCCUUAAGCUGGUCGACUCCACGGACCUCGCCCUAGAGUUCUCCAACUGGCUAGUGGGCGACGGUGAGCUCUCAGAAUGGCCGCUCCUGCACACGCUCAUUACGAACUGUCUCACCGACAACCACGACCUCACGUUGGAGACACUGAGGUUCUUUGAGACAAUUGUAGAGAAAGGCACCGAGCACAGCAUCCACAGACUAGUGUUGUCCCGCGUGUGCUCUCGCGGCUACGUGGCGCCACCCCCUCCCGACGACGACGAGCGAGACAGACUCAACGACGUGUCGCUGUGGCGGGAGCGAGAGAGGAACAGGGAAGCGAUGAAGCAGCUGCAGCACGAGGACCACGUGAACGAGCAGAUCAGCGACAUCCUGCAGCACGAGGGGCUGCAGCCCGAGCCCCAGGACUCCGAGAACAUACACAGGGUUAUCAAUAGCUUCCUGCUGCUGCUGCCGCGCGCCAUCUUGUCGGAUCCGGUGGGCGCCGACUAUGAGCAUUACAUACACGAUGCGCAUAGGCAUUAUCAGUACUGGCUGGACGUAACCUCCACGUUCAACUGGCCGACAGACGCCUACGCCGACAACACGGCUUCCUCCACCCACAGCUACGACAGCCGCCCCGAGGCGGACUUACACCUCGACGACGUCUUCCAACACAAGGACGCCUGUCACAAGUGCGAACAAAACGAAUGCUUCAGCCAAAGACUCGUACUAAGAAGCCAAGAUUUAAACACAAACGAAGAUGAAGAUUUCGACGAAGGACCAUUCUUUAGAAUGCUAUUUAAACUACUUGCAAACAUGCCCAACCAACCCUACCAGCUAAAUCUACACCUCACAUCAAUAAUAUCUAAGCUAGCUUUACUGCCCCACCCGAAUUUACACGAAUACUUACUCAAUCCGAUGUUACAUACUUCGAAAAAGACAGUCACUUUGUUUAAAACCCUGCAAGAGUUGGCCAAGCGGCUGACCAUGGAGAUACCGAGAUUGAGGAAUUAUAAGAAGGUGAUUGAGAAUACGAGGCUGCAUUUGAUGAGUGAGGAUCCUAUAUUUGAUGAAAGCUGCGACCACAACCAACUGGUGGAAAGUCUAAUAGUCCUAGAAGAGUUCUGCAAGGAGCUUGCCGCUAUCGCCUUCGUGAAAUACCAGCACGCUCACCUCAACAGAUAAGACUACGUAAACACCUGAGGGCCUACCGCGAACCACGUUUAUUGACGUGUUACCUCUCUGUCGCACUUGUAAAUUCGUACGUAAGUGUGACAGGGAGGCAACACGUCGAACGUGGUUCGCGGUAAGCCCUCUGCUCCUAUCGUCACGGAACCACGGACCAAAGGGCAAAUGUUCGGCGUUUUUUUGUCAAUAUCCUCAACUAGGGAUAUCGAAAUCGAUUAUUCGAAUAUAGAUUUCGGAGUCGGAGGGGUUAAAAUAAUUUAGCUGAUAAAUGAAACAUAAAGUUAAAUGUUGUAUGACAAUCCAUUCGAUUAAUCAAAUAAUUUAUAUGAAAAACUAUCGAUUAAACGAAGGACUGCUAAAUCCUUGUAUGAUUUUACAACUGGAGACGCCUUGUCUGUAAUUUUCUGUACAAAACAGUCUGCCGAUUUUUGCGUGGGAGGGGCUCGUCAAAUGUAUGUCAGAUAAACAACAGUCCAUACAAUACGUAUGACCAUUAGCCGAGGUUCUCGACAGAGGGGUAAGCUCUUAAAGACACCUCUAGUUGUUAAAUCGAUCAGCAGACAACCGAUUGUCAAACCAUUGAAUUGCAUCCCUAUUUCCAACAGCGAAUGUUGUUUUGAGACACUGCGUCAACUUUUUAUGUAACUAUAAUUAAUGCCGAUCUUGAGUUUACAUGGAUCCAAGUUAUUGCGCAUUGUUUUAUAAUAUUGGUGAGUAGGUAUUAAAGACGCUAAAACGCUUUCGUUUACGUUCGAAUAUUCGCCCUAAAACUGGUAGAGUAAGGAUGGCUUUGCUUGUUUUAUUCAAAUAUAAAAUAUUUACAGUUUAUACCUUAUGUAACUGUCAUUAGAGCUGUGUUCACUAUAAUUAUGGAUUGUUUUCUGACUGACAACUGUAUGAAAAGUUGUAGGUAAUAUAUUGGAUUAUACGCGCGUGGUUUAAAUACUCUGCAAACUUAUUGUUAUUCGAAUAAAAGUGUUAAAGAGAAGAAUGAAAGUCACGUAUGUGGCAGACAAUAAAUUAUCUGUCUCUUUCUCUCUUACAUAUGUCAGUAAGAGAUGAAUAAUAUAUUGAGAGAUACCUAAACAAAAGUGAAUUGGACCUACCGACUGCGCCAAUUACGUUUGUUGGUUUUUUCUAAGUAUGUUUUAUGGUAUUUAUUUUAAUAAAUAAGUCAUUUAGUCUUAAUAAAGUUAUGCUUUAAUUACGCUUAUUCAUUAUUUAAUUUCUAACUAUGCAAUAUGUUUUAGUUUUGUUUACUAGUCUUAUAGGUAGUUAUUUACAAUUGUGUACGGUUAGCACUUUAAAUGAACAUUCGGUGUUUCAUUAUUGAAACUUACCUACAUAUAUUUAAUUUCGUCGCAUUUUUACUUGUGUAACAUUUUAUAGGGAGCGUGCAUGAACUGUAGGAGGCAGCACAGGAGCCGUCAGAUUUUUGUCGCGAGGCGUAAAUGUGAUGUUUUUUGUUCCGAUGUAGCCCACAAGAUGGCAGAACCUACUAUGCACAAGAAAACACGUGACGUGUACAUGUGCAUGUUUAUGGUUCCGAUUCAGGCCACAAGAUGGCAGAUCCUCCAUACAUGACUAGUGCAAUUUAAAUUAUUUCUGUAAUUUGCCUAAUAAAAAUUGAAACGGAACAUUUUUAUUUAUAAUAAAACUUUUUGUAGAGCAUUGUUAUUUACUUAUUUAGUUCUUUGGAUAAUGGAGCACAAUCUCUUGAUAUCCGACAAAAAUAAUAUAUUGGACUCGCAAGUAAAGUUUCGAUGGUAUUUCCCGUACAGUCAAGGUAUUAAAUAUCGAUACGUAUACACGACCUUAUUGCCUAUAUAUUAAUCCCUUGUAAUAAAAAAUAUCUGUUGAAAUUUGAACAUUAACAGAUGUCAAUAGAGUUGAAUAUCAUAUCAGCCAUAUAUAACUUCGUAUGCGGUAAGGGGUUAAAGUAGUGUAUACAUAUUUUUGGCAUUUUGUCCGUAUCGAUAUUUAAUACCUUGACUGUACAAACAGCAAUACUCAACUGUCCAUCGGUCGACCUUAUGCCUUUUGUAAUAAGGUCCACCGAUGGACAGUUAACAGUGUGGACGAUGGUACAAAAUAAAUCUUAUCAACAAGCAUUUAUUCGAACUUAAUGGAUAAAACAAAUUUUGAGAAAUACAUAAAUAAAAAAUAAAAAACAUUAAAUCAAGUAAUUUAAAUGAUAACUUUUCUAUAUUAUUCUGUUCAUUUAAAUAGAAAUGUAUAAAAAGUUAAUCGCAAAUUAUGUACCUACUUAUCUUGUCAGAAUGUAUUCUUUAGUCUUACUUAUUUAUUACAUUCCCUAUUUACUAUUACAUUAUAGGGUAAACUACCUUCAUCCUCAUUUUAAGACAUUAAUGGGAAAUCAAAUGUGUCCCGCCGAGUUUCUGGACGGUCCCGGCUUGGGAUACCCUCCUCCAAUUUAAAUCUCGGGCAGAGGUUAGCCGGUGUAGCUUUAUUUGACGUUCAUAAGCGCAUUGGAAUUUGCCUACUUGAAAAGUUACCUUCAUCGUUACUUUUAUCAUACCAAGUAGGUAAAAACAGGUCAUCAGUGUCUGUAAUGUUAGAUUCAAACACAAAGAUAGUUCACUCUAUAAAAUAAGUUACGUGAUAUUUCGAUGCACAACAUUGUUACCCGUUUCGCCUGUUGAAUAAAACUUAUUGAAAAUUA